CAAGCCAGCCAGCCAGCCAGCCUUCUGCGCCUUUCUCUCGUUACCUACACUUUACGCUUCGGGCUCGUCACGCAUACGCAUACGCAUUCGCAACCCUCACAGCCUAUUCUGCUCGUUCCUCGACACUACGGCGCAUCUUCUUCACUGAAUGGUGGCGAUCCCUUCGAGGCUCGGGUGACGGGAGGAUACGGGCGUAAACGUCGACGGCAUAUUGCCAUCCUUAAUUCAUUCUAAUACUACUUACGGCUCAACGUCUUUCGCUUUUUACCAACUCAACAACUUCGCUUCGAUAUACAAUUUCCACGGUCUGGACCAGUACAUAAUCACACUUCAUCAUGAGUAGUGAUCCUACCGAAACCAAACCUAAUCCCCCCGAGCGAUCGGACUCGUCAUCCUCUUCCGUCGAAAGUCAGGAGAUACACAACCCCGUACCGAUUCGACCACGCUUGCCUAAUAGAAAGAGCAGCGGUACUCUUAUAGUUCCUCGAGAUUCCAACCAAGUCGGACCUCUAGAACCAGAACUUGAGCCGGAUGAUGUUAGAGCGAUGAGUCCUCGUAGAACGAGCGAGGACAUUGAGGUUAUGGGGCGCGAGGCACGCGAAGAGCUUCACAAACAUGCGAGAGCGCUACAAGAUUCGCUCCUCAUGAUAUUUAACCGGAUAGAGGCGGUCAAGGAGGAACACGACAAGUUGGAUAGCCACAACAAGUUCCUACAGAAAUAUAUUGGUGAUCUGAUGAGCACGAGCAAGAUAACCGCUAGCAAUAGGGGUAGGAAAUGAGUGAUCACUACAGUAGUGGCAGUGGGGAGGAGCAAAACUUGGCAGCCCUGUAGCCGCCAUGCCGCGACAAGGGCGCUUAUGAUACCCAUAUCGAUUCUGCGAUUCCAAAUCGCCUGUGGCACCGACGGAAUUGAAUUCGGACGAAUUCUACGAUACAUCACCAAACGAAGUUCGCUCGGUAGCAUUUUGUCGCUUAUUUAUAUCCUAGUGGUUCGCCCCAGUCUCACGUCUGGGCCAACUCGCUUUGGGGGGGAUUCGAUUCUGCGCGUGUUAUCAUCAACAGUG